CCGAAAUAAUCGUCUGGAUAGACACGUCAGGCUCCGAUUAUCUUGCUUGGCAUGCCACGUGGACUCCUCGUUGGAUCCUAUAAAUACCCCCCCGGGCCACGUCAAAAGGUCAUCCUGGAGUGCAGACGCGGAUUAAAGAAGGACUUCUGGUUUGGUGCAAUUACAUUGGUGCCGUCUGUGGGAACCCGAACUGAAAGCUUUCUAGUUGCUCUUUCAUCAUGGUUCACACUCGAUCAGUUUGAGCUGGUAAUUCAUCUCCGCCUCAAGGGCAAGGGUCAAUCCCACAUAGCACCUGCUCAACAACCCCUCCUUGAUGAUGUCACUCGACGCCUCGAUAGCUUAGAAAAGUUAGUAGCUGAACACCGAGGUGCUCCACCCCCACACCAUGCUGUUGACUCCAUACCUCAUCCCCUGAACACCAACAUUACACUGGAACCCUAUCCUGCUGGCUUCAAAAUACCACAACUGGAGACUUAUGACGGGACAAAGGAUCCUGAUGAUCAUCUGCAUGCUUUCUACUCUUGCAUGCAAGCUCAGAACGCCUCUGACGCGUUGAUGUGCAAAAUCUUCCCCUCUACUCUCCGAGGUAAUGCCCGAACUUGGUAUUACAGUUUACCUCUGAGGUCAAUUAGCUCUUAUACAGAAAUGGCAUCUGCCUUUGCAACUAAGUUUUCCAGUAGAAGGUUCAAUGAUGCAGUAUUGGAGGUCAGCUCCUUUGAUCAAGCUGUGGUAAUUGCAGCUGUGAUCUCCGGUCUUAAACAUGACAGGUUUAGAGACAGUUUGAUCAAACAUGCUGCCACUACCUUUAGCGAGGUGAAUGAUAGGUCUCUGAAAUUUAUAACCGCUGAAGAGUAUGCCUUGGCGCAGAAUUCGAUUCCUUCUAAGAACCAGAACCCAGAAUGGAGAGAUGACAAUUUGAGUCGGAAAAGGAUGAUGAUGGCGCAGAACCGAGGUCCGAUACCAACCUCCGCACCAAGAUUCGGAAGGCCGAACUCAACACCUCUGCCACAAUCUGCAGGAUCACGGCCAUACUACAGAGCAGUAGAACAAGGGCCACAGCCUCAAGGAACCCGUAACCCACCAAACAGGCAAGGUGUGGGAUAUCAACAAAAUCCACCUCCACUCCCACCACCAGCUAGAAUCAUACACAUGAUCACAGGAGGUCUGGAAGCAGGUGGACUGAGCUCUAAACAGCGAAAGCUGUAUGUCAGAGAAGUUAAGCAUCAGAACCGAGCUCAGAAACGGAAGUUUGACGGUGCUGAGUGGAAGAAUCAACCCAUUACUUUCACAUCUGCUGAUGUUGAUACAGUUGUUACACCCCACAAUGAUCCCCUGGUCACUUCUGUCAUGAUUAACAACUGUGAAGUACAGCGUGUCCUUGUCGACACCGGGAGUGCACCAGAUAUCAUGUAUUUCCACUGUUUCGAGAGUCUCGGGCUGGAUCCGGCAUUGUUGCAGAAAUAUGAUGGUCUCAUCUAUGGUUUUAACAACCAACCUGUUCCUGUAGAAGGAGUUCUUACCAUCCAUGUGGCUUUUGGUAGUGGCCGGACCUACGUAACCCCUUUAGUCCGGUUCCUCGUCGUCAAGAUGGCAUCCUCUUUCAACAUUGUUAUUAGCCGACCCACAUUGACAGAAAUCCGAGAUGUGGUUUCCCAAUCUCACCUCUGCAUGAAGUUCCCAACUCCUACGGGAAUAGCAACACUGCGAGGAAACCAGGAGGUGGCCAGACAUUGUUAUAUCACCUCGGUAACACAACCAACGAAGGGCAAAGAUCAAACACCCGAGGCCAUUCCCCAGCGAAUUCCUGAUAAUCAGCAAGUUAUUGGUGUAGAGAUUGUGGAUAAUCGACCGGAAGAUAAAACCAGGGCUGCUCCGGUCGAAGAUGUUGAAGAAGUGCUCAUUGAUGACAGAGAUCCGAGUCGAAAGACGCAGAUCGGAACUAGAUUGAACUCAGAGGAAAGAGUAGAGCUAAUAGCUUUUCUCCGAGCUAACAAUGAUGUAGUCGCAUGGACUUCGGCAGAUAUGCCAAGAAUUCCCAAUUCAGUAUCUCAACACAAGCUCAGCACCAAUCCAUUGAAGAAACUAGUGGCCCAGAAGCGACGUCUCUUUGGGGGGGAGAGACUUCAGGCUAUUAAAGAAGAGGUGGAGAAACUUUUACAAGCUGGUUUCGUCAGAAAAGUUGAUUACUGCGAAUGGGUAGCUAACCUAGUUCUGGUAAAGAAGGCAAAUGGUAAAUGGCGAAUGUGCAUUGAUUACACAAAUCUUAACCAAGCUUGCCCCAAGGAUUGCUAUCUGAUGUCGAGCAUUGACAAAUUAGUUGAAGCGGCUUCAGGGAAUGAGAGGUUAAGCCUCUUGGACGCAUAUUCUGGGUAUCACCAGGUGCCGAUGGCUCCCGAAGACGAAGAGAAAACCUCGUUUUAUGCUGGUGAUGAAAUCUAUUGCUAUGUCAUGAUGUCGUUCGGCUUAAAGAAUGCUGGUGCUACUUAUCAGAAAAUGGUAACCAUUGUCUUCCGAGCUCAGAUUGGCAAGAAUCUGGAGGUCAACCUCAGAAAGAACAGGAUGCGGUUAAACCCAGCCAAAUGCAUCUUCGGAGUGGAGUCGGGAAAGUUUAUAGGUUUCAUGGUGUCCCGAAGAGGGAUUGAGGUCAAUCCAGAGAAGAUUAGAGCAAUUGCUGAAAUGGAAUCGCCGAAAUCAGUAAAAGAUAUACAGAGGUUGACAGGAAGGGUGGCAGCUCUUCAUCGAUUUAUAUCGAAGUCAGUGGAUAAGUGCCUGCCAUUCUUCAAAAUUAUGAGGUCAGCCGCCCAGAAGGAUGAAUCAAGAAAACAGAAGAAAUUUGAAUGGAGUCAAGAAUGCCAAACUGCAUUCGACGAACUAAAGUCUUACCUUAGCUUGCCACCUCUACUGACUAAGGCUAUAGAUGGAGAGAUUCUUUAUUUGUAUCUGGGAAUUUCAGAUGAAGCCAUUAGUUCGGUUCUGGUAAAAGAAGAAACCAAGCAGCAGAAACCAAUCUAUUAUAUCAGCAGUGUACUGCAUGGGGCAAAGCUGAGGUAUCCUAUAGCUGAGAAAGCAGCAUUAGCAGUUGUCACUUCGGCCAGGAAGUUGAGGCCAUAUUUCCAGUCACACCCAAUUAUCGUUCUCACAGAUCAACCUCUCAGGCAAAUUCUGCAGAAACGAAAGUGCUCUGGAAGAUUAAUUAAGUGGGCAGUGGAACUGGGGGAGUUUGAGAUAACGUUUCAGCAGAGAUCGGCCAUCCAAGCUCAAGCAUUAGCAGAUUUUAUUGUCGAAUGCACUCCAUGUCUCUCAACCUCUCAUCCAGAGCCCAACGAGUGGACCUUAUAUGUUGACGGGGCAUCUAGUAGCAAGGGUUUAGGAGCUGGCGCUCUCUUGAUUGGUCCAGAGGGUUAUCGAAGUGAGCAUUCUUUGAAAUUCAACUUUGAUGCAACAAAUAACAUGGCUGAAUACGAAGCUCUGCUACUUGGUCUACAGCUAGCAUUGGAGUUGAAAAUCAGUGCAAUUCAAGUAUACACCUUGGUGGCCGAGCUGAAAUGCAAAUUUCAGAAAUUCUGUCUGAGCAAAAUUCCCCGAACUGAGAAUGAACAAGCAGAUUCACUCUCCAAGUUUGCCUCUGAUAGCUCUUCAAGUUCCAGAUCCGUUUUUGUAGAGGUCUUAGAUGAACCAAGCUUCAUGAAGCCUCGGAUGAUGGAGAUUAGCACAAACCCUGAUACGCUGGGCUGGACUGAUUCAAUCGUCUCCUUUUUGCGCGAUGGGAUAAUACCUAAGGACAGGCAAGAGGCAAUGAAAUUGAGGAAGAAAGCAUCUCGGUAUACACUCGUUGAUGAGGUCCUGUAUAAGAGAUCUUUCUCACUUCCUCUUCUACGGUGUUUAAACCCUUACGAAGCUGAGUAUGCACUUCGGGAGGUACAUGAAGGCCCAUUCGUGAAAGGAGUUGGUGGUGUAACCCAUUUGGUUGUUGAUGUGGAUUAUUUCACAAAAUGGGUUGAAGCUCGGCCAUUAUCUAGUCUUACCUCCAAGAAGGUCGAAGACUUUGUUUUCAGCUCAAUCAUCUGCAGAUAUGGGAUCCCGAAUCAGAUUGUGGCUGAUAAUGGAACUCAAUUCAAUUGUUCCUCAUUCCGAGAUUUCUGUUCCAGUUAUGGGAUCAAGUUACAGUUCACCUCCGUUUAUCAUCCGGAGUCCAAUGGCAUAGUUGAAUCUGUUAACAAAUGCAUUUUAGAAGGUGAAACACCCUAUCAUCUCGCCUUCGGUACUGAAGCAGUCAUUCCUAUUGAAAUAGGAGUCCCAAGCUUCCGGGUCACCCAUUUCGAUGAAGGACGAAAUGGACAACUGCUUCAGGAAAACCUUGAUCUGCUUGUUGAAGUCAGAGAAGAAGCUCGGCUUCAAACUCUUGGUUUGAAACUCGUUUUGGCAAACUCGCCGCGAAUUAGGAAGGCCCUUAUACCGUGGUCGAGGUGCCACAUCCCGGUGCCUAUGUCCUCCAAGAUGCUGAAGGAAAGAGAGUUCUUAGAGUCUGGAAUGUCAAUAACUUGAAGAAAUUUUACCCCUAAUAAAAUUUUUUCAAGUAAUCUAUGUCUUAUUGUUCUUUACGUUUUUCACUUCGUGUUUAUUAAGAUUCAUUUUACCCCUUAUUCUAUGUAUCUGAGGUCAAUCAGUUCAUUCAUUCCUUGAACCUCACUUCUGUUAAUAAAUGUCACUUCACAUU